UUGGACGGCCUGCGAUAUAAAACCAUUCAGUCAUGCAAAUUCUUCGUCAGUUUUCGAUCGAUUGUUAACUGCAGUUGGAAUACCGUUGUACUCUGUGUAUCGCGAUGUCGUCUGCCGGUGGUUUGGGUUCGGUUAAGCUAGAUGAGUGCGUAGUGCUUUCCGGUAUAUCCGGACGGUUUCCGCAAUCGGACAACAUACGUCAGUUUGCUGAGAAUCUGUACGAUAAGCGUGAUCUGGUGGAUGAUAAGGAAACACGUUGGCCGCACACUGUGCCGGAGAUUCCGCGCCGUUCCGGUAAGAUCAACAACUUGGACAAGUUCGAUCGGGAGUUCUUUGGCAUCAGUCGGAAUCAGUGCAAUGCUAUGGACCCGCAGCUGCGGCUUUUGCUGGAACAUGCCUACGAAGCGAUCCUAGAUUCGGGGACCAACCCGGAAAUGGUUCGGGGAUCGCGAACGGGUGUGUUCGUUGGAGUCUGCUUCUCGGAAACUGAGGCUAGGCUGUUUUUCCAAUCUUGUCCACCGAAGGGCUAUGCUAUGCUAGGAUGUGCCAAGUCCCAGGUGGCCAACAGGAUUUCCUAUACGCUUGAUCUUCGCGGACCUUCCUUAGUGAUGGACACUGCCUGCAGCAGCAGUAUGUACGCUUUGGAUGUAGCUCGCAGGAAGAUAUUGAGUGGAGAAUGCGAUGCAGCCCUUGUAUUGGGGACUAACCUUUGCUUGCAUCCCUACAUUUCGUAUCAGUUCGCAUUGCUAGGCGUUUUGUCCAAGGAUGGAGUGUGUCGACCAUUCGACGAAAAAGCCAACGGGUAUACUCGAUCUGAAGUUUUGUGUGCUGCUUUUCUACAAAAGGCUAAAGACGCCAACAGAAUUUAUGCGCAUAUUCUACACACUAAAACCAAUUGCGACGGGUUCAAAUCUGAAGGGAUAACAUAUCCUUCAGGUGUGAUGCAAACGCAGCUGAUGAGUGAAUUCUACGAUGAGAUAUCAAUCGAUCCCAGGGACAUUGCGUUCAUCGAAGCUCAUAGUACUGGAACCGUAGUAGGAGAUCCGGAAGAGUGUGACGCAAUCGACAAGAUAUUCUGCACCGAUCGUGACCGACCUCUACCUAUUGGGUCCGUAAAGUCCAACAUUGGGCAUUCGGAAGCUUCGGCGGCGUUGUCAUCGCUUUCGAAGUGUGUCAUUGCAAUGGAAAAUGACUUGAUUCCUCCGAAUAUCAACUUCACCAAAACACGUCCAGACGUGCCAGCCUUAACCGCAGGUCGUCUACAAGUGGUGGACCAAGCCAAACCUCUAGAAGGUCCUCUCAUCGCGAUCAACUCUUUCGGCUUCGGUGGAGCCAACGCACACAUGCUAAUUCAGCGUAAUACAAAGGAUAAAAUCGGAUACGGAGUUCCGGACGAUGAUCUUCCACGUCUGAUCACAUGGUCUAGUAGAACCAAAGAAGCAAUAGAAUACAUGUUUGAGGACAUAGCAACUCGUCCACUUGACGCUGAUUUCGUUGCGCUGUUGCACAAUGUGCAACGUACUCGGACUCCUGGGCAUCGAUAUAGAGGUUUUGCCAUUUUUGACAAACGAGCAUCGCAGCCCACGACUAUCGACCUGUUCGAUAUGAAACGCGUUAAACUCGACAAUUCACCACUCGUGGCGAUCUUUCCAGGUAUUUCGUUGAAGUGGCGUGAAGAUUUGGACGUGUUGCGACAGUUUCCUUGUGUCCAAAAAACGGUGACUGAUUGUUGUGCCGUAUUGACUACGUUUGGGUAUGAUCUGUUCCACAAACCAACGCGAAGAACUGAUCUUCGACAGCUUUUAAUUGGAUCAACUGUACUGCAGCUGGCAUACGCCGAUAUUCUUAACGUCACCGGAGUCCAACUAAACGCAUACGGCGGUCACUCGGUCGGGCAGUUCACCUGCGCCUAUCUAGAUGGCUGCCUAACUUUGGAUCAGAUAGUCCAAAUCGCAUACUAUCAUGGAUCUGUGCUAGCUGAGUACAAAACCGAGAUGAACUUCAACGCAUUUCUGGAACUGGGAUCGAAACGUCCAGCGCCGCCACUUUCCUUCGAUGGAUUCAUACAGGAUACAUUCCUGUCGCGGUUCGGAGUUGUCGGAGGUCCACUGAAUCCAACUUGUGCCGUCGUCGAUCAGCUGAAGUCACGAGGCUACGUUGCAGAACAUCUGCCAUUUGUCAGCAUGCUCUACGCGAAGGACUCCGCGGCUGAGUUGACGGAAAAGUUGAACACCCUUGUGUCGCACAUUAUCCCACAGCCUUUGAAACCCUCUCAUCGCUGGAUCAACCUCAAGAAUCCAUCGGACUUCGCGUCAACAGCGGUGCACGAUUCGUUCUCCGUUGUGAACCUGUUGGAGAAAAUUCCUGAACACUGCAUGCUAUUGGAGCCACUAGCAAAGUAUACUAUGCAGCCGAUUCUUAAAACCUUGAAACGGAAGUCCAAAUGCCUGCCUGUGGAGAAAUCCGCGGGAACCGUCAAGAGUCUACUGGCUACAUUAGGACAUUUGUACUUAGCGCAGCAAGACCUGAACCUGCUGAACCUCUACCCACCGGUGCAGUUUCCGGUGGCCCGAGGAACUCCCAUGAUCGCACCGUUGAUUCGAUGGGAUCACCGCGACUCGUGGUAUAUUGUGCGCUACGAAUGGGUAGCCUUCCGGGUGUCCAACCAGAUGAGCUUCAAGGUCACCCUGGCGGAUCAGGACUUCGUUUACGCCGCUGGGCAUUGCAUUGACGGUAGGGUUCUUUUUCCCGCCACAGGUUACCUCAGCCUGGUGUGGGAGUUGAUAGCCUACCUGUCGCAGCGCGAGAUCGCCGAUUGUCCGAUGCAGUUCGACGAUGUGCAGUUCCUGCGUGCGACAACUCUAACGAAGAAUAAGGCCACCAAUUUGCUGGUGACGCUCGAGAAGGGAACUGGAAGAUUCGAGAUUUCGGACAGCGCAACUCCGGUUGUAACUGGAUUUGCGAGAAAGUUAAAUACAGCUCCUGAACAGUUUGAGGCUUUCGAAGGGAAUACCGUGUCCACUCUGUUGACAUCUAGGGACUUUUACAAGGAACUCAGGCUGCGGGGAUACCAUUAUAGCGCAUUGUUCAAAUCCGUUAUGGAAGCUCAGAGCGACGGAUCGGCGGCCAAGGUCCAGUGGAAGGGCAAUUGGGUUGCGUUUCUAGAUUGCCUACUACAGGUUGGGAUAGUUGCCAUCGAUUCCCGAUCAUUGAUGGUUCCAACGGCUAUUGAAAGCAUUACGAUCUAUCCGAAGCAACACUUGUCGUUGAUGUCCCGUGACGCUGACGAGUGUACGGAGUACUUUACAGUUACGAACUGUGCGAGGACUAAUGUGUGCGUUUCUGGAGGCAUUCGUAUAUCUGGUCUUCGUGCAAACGUUGUAAACAGACGUCAUCCUCCAGGUGUUCCGGUCCUGGAGACUUACAGCUUUGUUCCAUACCAUUCUACCGAGAAGGUGACAGUUCUGGAAGCGGUGCGGAUGUGCGUUCAUCUGGCUUUGGAAAAUGCACCAACCCUUUCUAUUCGGGCUACGGAGAUACACAAUGCCGGCACUGAGUUAUUAUUGCCAUAUUUUUUGGAAGCUGUAGCAGAUCUCCCAUUGGUUCAACCAACCAUGACCUUGUUGUCUUCUGAAAAUAUUGAUCUCCCAGAUAUCACAGUUAAAAAUGAGAAGCUUGCGGAACAAACGGGACUUCUCUUCAUCAUAACCCACAACCAGCUUGCUGAGGAUGGUUUUAUACAGGAUGCUUUGCACAGCCUUGGUCCUUCCGGUUUUCUGGUUGUUCGGCAAUCGAACACUGAAGUUGAUCUUCCCGCAACGCUGGCUAAAGUUGCCAGCUUCGUCGUUCAGGACAAUCAAGCGCUUGUUCUGCUUCAGAAAACGUCCAACAAUUUCAAAGAAGCGCCAGCAGUUAUCCAAGUCCGAUCUGACGAUCUUGAUUUCGAAUGGCUCCAAGAACUUCAAAAUGUGAUCAAGACAAAACCAGUUCUACUGUAUUCUCAAAAUGAUCCGGUUUCCGGUGUAAUUGGCCUGGUCAACUGCAUCAAGAAAGAGCUGAAAUCUCACCCGGUACGCUGCGUUCUCAUAGAUGAUCAUACUGCUCCGCCAUUCGUUUUGAAUGAACCAUUCUACAAAGGUCAGCUCAGCUUGGACCUAGCCAUCAACGUCUACCGAAACGGAACUUGGGGCAGCUAUCGCCACGCAUUGAUGGACUUAAAACCCAAAGUGGAACCCGUACGCAAUCACUGCUUCGCCAAUUGCUUCACGAAGGGCGAUCUCUCGUCGAUGACGUGGUUUACCGGACCACUGAACACUGUAUCCACCGGUGGUGAACAAAUACGGGUGGUGUACAGUGCGUUGAACUUCCGCGACGUGAUGAUCGCCACCAGCAGACUUUCGUCGGAUGUGCUGCACGUCAAUCGGUUGGAGCAGGAGUGCCUGUUAGGUAACGAAUACUCUGGAGUGUCGGUUCGUGGUCGACGGGUUAUGGGAGUGCUUCCAAGUGGAGCGAUGGCGACCAUGGUGGAGUGCGAUCCGUUGAUGACUUGGACCAUUCCGGACGAAUGGAGUCUGGAAGAAGCGGCAACCGUUCCCGUAGUCUACGGUACGGUCUACACGGCGUUGUUCGUAUGCAGUCGUAUCAGGAAGGGCAAAUCAAUCCUGAUUCACGCUGGAAGUGGAGGUGUUGGCUUGGCAGCGAUUCAAGUGUGCUUGGCCUACGGAAUGGAAGUGUUCAGUACGGUGAGUACUGAGGAAAAGAAGCAGUUCAUUCUGAAACGGUAUCCACGCUUGAAAGCGGAAAAUAUCGGAAACUCAAGGGACACUUCGUUCGAGAACAUGAUUAAGCUGAGAACGAAUGGCCGUGGGGUGGACUUUGUCUUGAACUCUUUAGCCGAGGAAAAGCUGCAAGCUUCGCUCCGGUGCUUGAGCAUCAAUGGUCACUUCUUGGAAAUCGGGAAGUACGAUAUGGCCAACAACUCGAAGAUUGCUCUGGAGCUGUUUCAAAAGGGAAUAUCAUUUACGGCUGUGAUGCUGGAUGCCAUGUUCAAGGGAUCGUUUGCGGAAAAGCAGAGGCUACACGCGUUGCUAACGGCAGACAUAUUGAGUGGGGUUAUUAAGCCGUUGAGCACUACAGUGUUCCCAGCCAUUGAAAUAGAAAAGGCUUUCCGCUUUCUUGCUAGUGGCAAACACAUUGGAAAGAUUCUACUACAGAUCCGGAGUCGUGAGGACGAUGUGCAGACGGAACCAAUCAACUAUGUUCCGAGGAUGUACUGUGAUCCGGACUGCUCCUAUGUGAUCGUUGGUGGAUUGGGAGGUUUCGGUUUGGAACUGGCAGACUGGUUGGUUCUACGCGGAUGCCGUAAGCUUAUUAUCAGUUCCAGCCGAGGUAUCACCAAACCGUAUCAGGAGUAUCGAAUCAGAUUGUGGAAUCGAUACGGCGUUCGUACGUUAGUGAACACUGCCAACAUCACCACCCUGGAAGGUUGUCGUGAACUCCUCCGAGAGGCGUCCGUUAUAGGUCCUGUAAUGGCCAUCUUUAAUUUGGCAGUGCAACUGCGAGACUCCGUCCUAGAAAACCAAACCCCGGAUAAAUUCAGCGAAUGUCUAGCGCCGAAGGCGUACGCCACUCGUUUCUUGGACGAAGUCAGUCGGAAGUUGUGUCCUCGGUUAUCACAUUUUGUGGUGUUCUCCAGUGUAUCCUGUGGGCGAGGAAACGCCGGACAGAGCAACUAUGGCAUGGCCAACUCCAUCAUGGAACGUAUUGUGGAGAACCGUGUAGCCGAAGGCUUGCCCGGGAAGGCCAUUCAGUGGGGAGCGAUUGGAGAGGUCGGUAUCGUUGCAGACAUGGCCGAAGAUAGACUCGACAUGGAGAUUGGUGGAACACUGCAGCAGAGGAUUUCGUCUUGUUUGCAGGAGUUGGAUCGAUUGUUGUUGAGCGUGGAUCCGAUUGUGGGAAGUAUGGUUGUAGCGGAGAAGCGUAUCGGUGGAGGCUCGAGAAACAUCAUGGAGACGGUGAUGAACAUUAUGAGUAUUCGUGAUAUGAAGUCGGUUUCGAUGGAAAGCACCCUGGCGGAUGUGGGCAUGGAUUCUCUCAUGGCCGUGGAGAUAAAACAAGUUUUGGAGAGUGAUUUCGAUUUGGUCCUUUCACCUCUCGAGCUCCGUACAUUGACCUUCAUGAAGCUACAGAAGAUGGUAGAUGAGAAGAGACUCAGUGCUGACUCGAAGGACGAAACGUCCGCCAGUCCGAUGAUCAUCGGAAUGGAAAUGCUACUUAGAAACUUGGGUGAAGAGGAACACAGUGCCGUCACGCUACUACCCUUACCAUCGAAAACAUCCGAAGGACGUCCUAUUCUAAUAAUUCCUGGCUUGGAAGGUGUAGCAGGGCAUGUAUGGCGUGUGCUAGCCGCCGGUAUUAACGCUCCUGUUUACAUGCUACAAACAUUGAACACUUUCGAUCUGAGAAGCGUUUCGGAAAUCGUUGAUUACGUGUUCGACGAGCUGGAUGAGAAAGUUUUUGCCGGUUUUGAAGAUUUCGUCGUCAUUGGCUACUCUUUCGGGACUCUAAUCGCUCAUGAAAUUGUGAGGAGAGUUCAGCGCAAAAACAUCCCCGGAAAACUGAUUCUACUCGACGGAGCUCCAAAGUUCUUGAAGCAGUUAUCUGUGAUGCAAAUGGGUCACGCUGUGUCCGACAAGCACAUUCAAAGUCUUCUGAUGGUUGCAAUCAUAUCGCAAGUGUUUCCGAAUUCACCGCUCGAGAAGAGCUAUGCAAUCAUGCAGGUCGCUACCUUUGAUGGACAGAUCGAGAGGUUGAUUGAAGUGGCCAAGGGCCAGGCCACUUACUCGCCGGACUAUACGAGGAAAAUGACUAAAGCGCUGUUCAAUCGCAUCAAGAUGGUGCUCGGGUUGAACCCUGACAAAAUGGAACCUCUGAACGUGCCAAUUGUGCUGGUGCGACCAUCGGAGGUGUCCGUGAUGGACAUCGAUGAAGAAUACGGACUGGAAGGAAGUACAACUGCAACGAUGUCGAUGAAAGUGGUUGACGGCAGCCACAUGACUAUGCUAGAUAACAAGGUUCUAGUGGAUAUUAUCAAUAGCUUGAAUGUAUAAAACACACAUAAGAUUAGCAACACGAAUUUAUACGAAAACUAUUUGCUAAAUUCAACACAAUAAAUAUA